AUGUAUGAUGACUGUGUUGAGUCCACUGGGGACUAUUUUCUCCUCUGUGACACUGAGGGGGCUUGGGGCAUUGUUCUGGAGUCCCUGGCAGCAAUUGGCAUAGUAGUUACGAUUAUGCUGCUCUUGGCACUUCUCUUCCUCAUGAGAAAGGUUCAAGACAGCAGCCAGUGGAAUGUUCUCCCCACACAGUUCCUCUUCCUCCUAGGUGUGCUGGGGCUCUUUGGCCUUGCUUUUGCCUUCAUCAUCCAGCUCAAUCAGCAAACUGCCCCCAUACGUUACUUUCUCUUUGGAGUACUCUUUGCUCUCUGUUUCUCAUGUCUUUUGGCUCAUGCCUCCAACUUGGUGAAAUUGGUGCGGGGUAGAGUCUCCUUCACUUGGACAACAAUUCUGUGCAUUGCUAUUGGUUGCAGCCUGUUGCAGACGAUUAUUGCUAUUGAGUAUGUGACUCUCAUGAUGACCAGAGGUAUGAUGUUUAUGCACAUGACACCCUAUCAGCUUAAUGUGGACUUUGUCGUACUCUUGGUCUACGUCCUCUUCCUCAUGGCUCUCACGUUCUUCGUCUCCAAAGCCACCUUCUGUGGCCCAUGUGAGAAUUGGAAGCAGCAUGGAAGGAUCAUCUUUGUUACCGUGCUCAUCUCCAUCAUUAUCUGGGUUGUAUGGAUCUCCAUGCUCAUGAGAGGCAACCCACAGCUCCAGCGGCAGCCCCAGUGGGAUGACCCCGUUAUCUGCAUUGCUCUGGUCACCAACGCAUGGGUUUUCCUGCUAGUGUACAUUGUACCUGAGCUCUGCAUCCUCUACAGGUCAUGUAAGCAGGAUUCCCCUUUACAAGGCAACACCUGUCCAGUGCCAGCCUAUCAACACAGCUUCAGAGUGGAGAACCAAGAGCUCUCAAGAGCCCGAGACAGUGAUGGCGCUGAGGAGGAUGUAGCAUUAACUUCAUAUGGUGCCCCCAUUCAGCUGCAGACUGUUGAUCCCACACAAGAGUAUUUAAUCCCACGGCUAAACUAAGCCCCCAGCAAGAUGCAGGAUUAUAA